AUGACGACUAAGAUCAUCCAUGGGAACUCGCAAUUCCAGAAGCCCUCCUCUCUACGCUGGACGUGGGAGUCACCCGGUGGAAGGUACCGUAAUGAAAUAGACCACAUCAUCGUCAAUAAAAGGUUCUGUCUGAUGGACGUCGCUGUUGUACCAAAGUUCUAUACGGGAUCGGACCAUCGCCUCCUCCGAGGAAGAUUUUCCUUCACAAGGAGAGCUGAGAAAGCCGCCAAGUUCAGAGAGAGAAAUCCCAGGACUACCAUCAGCUGGGAUCUCUUCGCUACGCUAGCCGGCUUUUGGGAAGAUUCAGCAAUGGACAACAUCGACGAGGAAUAUGACCGGCUUGUUGAACACCUUCACGACUGCGCGAAGAAGGCUGAGAGUUUUAAAACCACCAAGAGGCGCCUGUCUCUUGAAACUCUUGAGCUGAUACGCCAGCGUGGAGCAGCACGAGCCGGAGGGAACCAAGAACUCACGGCCGAGCUCGCAAGGCUUUGCAGAGAGGCGAUAAAGGAAGACCUUAAAGAGAGAAGAGCACAAGUGUUGGCUGAAACUGCAGAGGCGGGGAAAAACAUCCGCUAUGCCCGUCGAGACCUCGCCAGUCACAAGACGAGGAUGACUGCUCUCCGGAACCCAAAGGGAACAGCCAUUGCAUCGAGAAGGGGGAUGGAGAAAAUCAUCUACGACUUCUACUCUGAUCUCUUCGACAGCCAUGUCCACUUGCCUCCUCACCAUCUGAGGGAGGAUGGACAAGUCAUUCCAGAUGUUCUCCCGUCCGAAAUACGACAUGCUAUCAUGUCGGUAAGAAAUCGUACGGCAUCCGAUCCCGACAGAAUAACACCAGAACACCUGAAGAGUCUUCCGCCAGUACUCAUCAACACCCUGGCGAGGCUCUUUACAUGUUAUCUGUCGGAAUGCAAGGUUCCUAAACAGUGGAAGACCAGCAAGACCGUGUUGUUGUAUAAAAAGGGAGAUCCACAUGACAUCGGCAACUAUCAUCCAAUCUGCCUACUGUCCGUCAUCUACAAGCUCUUUACAAGAGUAAUCCUUAAUAGGGUUGAAAAAGUCUUGGAUGAAGGACAGCCAUGCGAGCAAGCAGGGUUUCGAAAAGGAUUCAGCACUAUUAACCACAUUCACGCAGUUUCGAAACUCAUCGAGGUAUCACGAGCCUAUGGACUACGCCUACGCCCUGAUAAAUGUAAGCAGAUGUGGAUCUCCUCGAGACCACGAACGGGAAUCAGGGAGGAAGGACAACCGAUAGAACUCGUCGAUGAGUUCUGUUACCUAGGCUGUACGCUGAAGAACAAUGGCAGCUACGAGAGAGAUGUUCAGCAAAGAUGCGCUAAGGCCACUUCUGCAUUUAACUCCUUAACGUGGUCCUGUGGUCGACCCCCAUCACCAACGAAGUCAAGCUGCGAGUCUACCUAUCCGCAAUUCGCCCCAUCAUGA